GACACAACUCGACAACAUCUAGUCCUCCAACUACAACCACACCGAAAUCAACACCCACUAUGGGGGGAAACGAAACAACAACACCACCUGAACACAGCUCGACAACAUCCAGUCCUCCAACUACAACCACACCGAAAUCAACACCCACUAUGGGCGGAAAGGAAACAACCUCAUCUGAACACCACUCGACAACAUCCAGUCCUCCAGUUACAAGCAAACAUACAUCCCCACACUCCACAUUGGGGGCCACCCCACCAACCACUCUGGCCAGUACAACAAAACCCAUCGUCAUAAUCAUUUUUUACGUCAAUUUCCACAUCAUGAAUAGAGAAUUCAAUUCCAGCUUAGAAGACCCCAAAAGCAGUUAUUAUAAAGAACUAGAAAGUGCCAUAAGGAAGAUGUACAGAAACGUGUACAAAGAACUCGGUUAUAGAGGCUUCCGGAUAAUCUCAUUCAGCCAAGGUUCUGUGGCAGUGGAGUCAGAGUUAUAUUUGGGAGGAGAAAGUAGUAAAACCCAAAGCCAGAUUGCGGAUGCUUUGAACAAUGCGGACAACGCCACCACGGGAGGGCUAGAGUUGGGCCAAGUGAAAGUUAGUAGCAACUCCAUCAACACCUCCUCGGAGACGGUGCCGGGCUGGGGCAUCGCUCUUCUCGUCCUUGUCAGCAUCCUUGUAUUUUGCCUGCUCCUCGCUUUAUUGUGGCUGCUCGUCUACUACGGUCGACGGAAUCACCGGGGCAGCAUGGAACUGCUGAAUAGCCAGGAUUCGUACCACCCCAUGAACGAGUACCCCACGUACCAGACCCACAGCCGCUUCGCGGCUCCCACCAGCAAGCAAAACCCUUACAACGAGGUGAGGGCCGCGCGUAACCCCAAACCAGAAGCCGUAAGCGGAAACUGAAACUCAAACCAUGCUCUUUCGGUCUUCGG